AUGAAGACGGUGGAGAAUCAAGAAAAACCACUAGAAUAUGAGUCACGAUUUAUAGAUUAUGAGGCACAAUUUGUUUGUGCUAAAGCACUAAAAGGGCUAAUUGGCAAUGGCAAUGCUGACUCAGCUGAAGAUUUCUUCGACAAGUCUCUCCGUGAGAAGUAUUGUGAUGGUACUGCUGGUCUAUCAUAUGCGGAAUUCCUACAUAAGAUAGGGAACUAUCAAUGGCAAAGGAGUGGCUACUUUAGUACAGAGCACCAUUUGACACAGGCAUUAAGUAGGGCAGAGGAAGCCUAUGGAGACUCUAAACAUCCUAGGGUGGGGGUUGCCUUAACAAGCAUUGCUCUUAUGUAUAGGCGUAAAGCAAUUCAUGAACAUUCAAGUUCGCUGUUGGUUCAAGAGGGUCUCUACCGAAAAGUGAUAGAUAUUUUGAAGGUUCCAACGACGGAAACUGAGUCUGAGGAUGCCGCACCAUUGGUAGAUAGAAGUGAUACAGCAGCUCUUGCAACAGGCGUUUCACUUCUUUACAGCGCGGAGGGAGGAAGAACAAGAAGAAGAGAAGAAGGCAAAUGAUAGGGACACAGCCCAACACAUUAGGCCCAAGAGGAUUAGUAAAGGAUGUUUGGUUUGACUGUUUUCUCUAUUUUCAUUUUCACUGAACAUAUAAAAUGUUGAUGGAAAUGUGUUUGGUUGAAUUUUUUAAAACAUUUUUAGUGAAAAUGAAAACGGGAAACAAUCACAAAAUGAAAACAAAAAUUUUUUUUCCAGUGUUUUUAGAUGAAAAUAGGAACCUUAGUUCGGGUAAAAUGAAAAUGUCAUGACAAAGAAUGUAAUUUUAAGCAAUUCUAAA